AUAGUUGUCAUAGUGUCACCAGCUUAUAUAUCAAAAUGUCAACAACUGACAAACACUGUAACAAAAGCAAAAUUGAUCAAUUGCAUAAUCCUCUCGCAUUUAGAUCUGCUCGAUUCUGGCCGCAGCUCCACCAACAUGCAGAUCGCGCCGGCCUUGAUCGCCUUCAGCCUCGACUUCUUCGACGCCUCCAGCAUCUGCAUCAGCAGCUUCAGCGCGCACGAGCUCGCCUUGUUGCAGAUCUCGUCGGAGACGAUCUCCAGCAACGAUUUGAAGCGUGUCAAUGGAAAAUUGCUACUAGCCAAUCCUCAAUCACAACGAAUCGAGAUUGAACACUACCUCAAUACACAGAACCACAGAUUGAGAAUCGCACUAUAUGAGCGGCGGCGGCGGCAGACGGCGCUCCUGGUGAGGAGUUACGAUUCGAAGAUCCAGUCUCUACCGAAGCAGAGCGACGACGAGAUCUCGAGAGCGGGUGGAGGAAAAUGGACCUGGAGGAAUGGGUGA